AUGUCUCAAAUCAAACAACGUAACCUUAUUUCGGCAUUGCAAAAGCGCGAAAUUUGCUUGUUAAAGAAAGAUAUAUCAAAACCAAAAAACGCGGAUCUAGCAAGACAAUUUGGUAUUAGUCCAGGUCAAGUUACAGAUAUUUUGAAAGAAUCUGUCAAAUGGCUUGCAAUCGAUCCGAAUUCUUACCAAGCAAAGUUGAAAAAAGCACGUCCCUCGACUGUUACAAAUAUUGAAGAACAAGAAAAUAUUCAGCAUUUGAUCAACAGUUUAUCAGUUGAUGCUCCACUAACCGCCACGGAAUAUAUAACGGUUGAUGAUAAAGAUGCAAAUGAUGAAAUGGUAACAGAUGAUGAAAUUAUUUCUUUAUUUUUGCCUGCAGAAGAAGAAGAAGAUAAUGAUGGUGAAAUAGCUCAAUGCCCACUGUUUUAA